GUUUUGUAGUGUCCUCUGUUUGAUGUCAUGCGUAAGAAAUUAGCGUGACAACAAUGGCAAUGUCCAUUCUCCAAUGCAUUUCACAUUCUCCCACAGAAGUCAACAUAGAAGUUGCACUUCAACCUUCACCCUCCAUUCUUUCUCUCAUGCCCAAAUGCACCUCUCUCAGAGAGCUCAAGCAAAUCCAAGCCUACACCAUCAAAACCCAUCUCCACAACACCCACACCGUCCUCACAAAGCUCAUAAAUUUCUGCACUUCCAACCCCACAACCGCUUCCAUGGACCAUGCCCACCAAAUAUUCGAUCAAAUUCCCCACCCAGACAUUAUUCUGUUCAACACCAUGGCACGUGGGUAUGCGCGGUUUGAUGACCCUCUCAGAGCAAUUCUUCUUUUUUGUCAGGUUUUGUUCUCUGGCCUCCUUCCAGAUGACUACACUUUCUCCUCUCUUUUCAAGGCCUGUGCAAGGCUCAAAGCGCUUCAGGAAGGUAAACAGCUGCAUUGCCUUGCUUUUAAACUUGGGGUCAGUGGUAACAUGUAUGUGUGCCCAACACUUAUUAAUAUGUACACUGCCUGCAAUGACAUGGAUGCUGCUAGGAGGGUCUUUGACAAGAUCGAUGAACCGUGUGUCGUCGCGUAUAAUGCGAUCAUCACGAGCUGUGCUCGGAGUAGCCAGCCCAAUGAAGCCUUGGCUUUGUUCAGAGAGUUGCAGGAGAGUGGCCUCAAGCCUACUGAUGUCACCAUGCUUGUUGCUCUUUCCUCGUGCGCUUUGCUUGGGGCGUUGGACUUAGGGAAGUGGAUCCAUGAGUAUGUCAAGAAGAAUGGGUUUGAUCAAUAUGUAAAGGUGAAUACUGCUCUUAUAGAUAUGUAUGCUAAAUGUGGGAGUUUGGAGGACGCUGUUUCUGUGUUCAGGGAGAUGCCUAGGAGAGACACACAAGCGUGGUCGGCGAUGAUUGUUGGCUAUGCAACACAUGGGCAUGGAUCCCAAGCCUUAUCAAUGUUGGAGGAAAUGAAGAAGGCGAAAGUGCAGCCUGAUGAGAUAAGUUUUUUAGGUAUACUCUAUGCCUGCAGUCACAAUGGAUUGGUAGAGGAAGGUUAUGAUCACUUCUAUAGUAUGAUUCAUGAGUAUGGGAUUGUUCCAAGUAUCAAGCAUUAUGGGUGUAUGGUGGAUUUGCUUGGUCGAGCUGGACGCUUGGAAGAGGCGUAUAAAUUCAUAGACGAGUUGCCGAUCAAGCCGACACCAAUUCUGUGGCGGACUUUGCUAUCUUCUUGUAGCAGUCAUGGUAAUGUGGAAAUGGCAAAGCAAGUAAUUGAGAGAAUCUUUGAGCUGGAUGAUUCCCAUGGUGGGGAUUAUGUCAUUUUGUCAAACUUGUGUGCAAGAAAUGGAAGAUGGGAUGAUGUGAACUACCUAAGGAAAACGAUGGCAGACAAAGGAGCAAUGAAAGUCCCUGGUUGUAGCUCAAUAGAGGUCAACAAUGUAGUGCAUGAAUUCUUUGCCGGGGAUGGAGUUCGUUCCACUUCAACCGUAUUGCACCGUGCACUCGAUGAAUUGGUAAAGGAAUUGAAGCUGGCUGGGUAUGUACCUGACACAUCUCUGGUCUUUUAUGCAGACAUAGAAGAUGAAGAGAAAGAAAUUGUUCUUAGAUAUCACAGUGAGAAACUGGCCAUAACUUAUGGUCUUCUGAAUACUCCCCCUGGAACAACAAUUCGUGUGGUCAAGAAUCUUAGAGUCUGUGUGGAUUGCCACAACGCUGCUAAAUUUAUAUCAUUGAUAUUUGGUAGGCAAAUUAUUCUAAGAGAUGUCCAGCGAUUUCAUCAUUUUAAAGAUGGGAAAUGCUCCUGUGGGGAUUACUGGUAGUGGAGUUUGUUGAGCCAAUAGUCAAUAUUUUUUAUCAAGAUUAAUGAAGAAACUGCUCUAUUCAUUUCACAGAAUUGAGUGCUAAUAUUUUGUGCUUGGAAGGAAUAGCCACUGUAUGCAACUCGGAAGAUAAACAAAUCAAGGCCUCUUCUUAAAUGUUGGGAAUUGGUAAUUGUCAUGACUGUCAACUUCGGAUCAUUAGUGAUGAGUUACCUAUGUUAGUGUAAAUAAUGAAAGAAAUGUAUAUUUAACUUUGUAAUAGUAGAUAUCUUUUGAUGUUGCAGAUUUAUUGUUACAAACCAAACAAUUUAGUGAUAAAAGAGAAGAGAGAAAAAAAGUGCCAUGUGAUUUGUAUGUUAUUUGC